CACACACACACACACACACACACACACACACACACACACACACACGAAAUGAGGAUAAUAUUCUGAGCUGCCAAAAUCUGAAACCGGCCCAUCAACCACUUCCAUACAUAUUUAGACAGUCAAUCUAAGCGCGGUGCCUCACUGUCAGGGCGCAGGGGGCUCGAGGUGCUUGAAUCUAUGAGGGAAAGGAGCUCAGCAUGUGGACGGAGGGUUUACAGGUCUGAGUGACAACGUCUGGAAGUCGAGGAAGACGCGAGGGCACUUGUCGAGUUAGGAUGUCAGACUCCCCGACGUUCUCCUCCGGCAAACGCGGAUCCCAGACGCCGACUCCUCGGGCCGGACCGCGCACCUGCCAGCCCCGGGGGGCCUCCUGCCAGCCGAUGGCGGAGCCACAGACCAGAGAGGACACAGGCGUCCGCUUCACCCAGCGGGACGUCAGCACCUUCGGCCUAAGGGCCGCGGGGCCGAGCAGGAGGCACAGCACCGACGAGCCGCCGGGGCCCGGCGCCGGCGGCUCGGCCCGCUUCCACCCGUACCGCCGGCAGUUCAGCGACGGCGCGGCCAUGGCGGCAGCGUGCGUCCAGCAGUGCUCGCCCACGUUCAGCUGCCUUCAGGGGGUCUGCGGCCCCGACGGGCGCCCGUACGGCGCCGGCACCGAGGCGUCGCCCCCCUGGGAGCAGUACGGCAGCAGCCUCCACCAGAGUUCGUACCCAGAACUGCCAGCGGUGCCAGUGGAGCCGCCCUGCUUCCUGCCUCAGGGCUACGCGUCCUGCAGCUCACUGGGGCCUCUGCAAGUCUCCUCUCAGCUCUACUCCAGUAACGGCCAGACAAGCAGCUCCAAGUAUCCUGUCCAAGGUCUGUCCACUCCAGCGCAUCAGGAAAACACACAGUCCCUGUUUCCAAAGCCCAUUUACUCAUACAGCAUCCUGAUCUUCAUGGCUCUGAAGAACAGUAAAACAGGGAGCCUGCCAGUCAGCGAGAUCUACAGCUUCAUGACGGAACACUUCCCGUAUUUCAAGACAGCACCCGACGGAUGGAAGAACUCGGUGCGUCACAACCUCUCCCUGAACAAAUGCUUCGAGAAGGUGGAGAACAAGAACGGGACGUCGUCCCGCAAAGGCUGCCUGUGGGCGCUGAACCCGGCCAGGGUGGAGAAGAUGCAGGAGGAGCUCCACAAGUGGCGUCGCAAGGACCCCAUCACCGUCCGCAGGAGCAUGGCGAGGCCGGAAGACCUUGAUCGUCUACUGGGAGAGAGACCGGACAAGAUGAGGCCUCUGCCUCCUUACACCAACCCAGCCCUCAUAUCCAGGGUGGCGCCCCUCUACACCACCGCCUCCCUGCCGUGCCCCCCACCCCAGCUCCGGCCCCCCGUCCGUCGGCCGCUCUACGCCCACCUUCCAGCCCGGCAGCCCACCUACCUCCCCCCCGCCGCCGCUCGUCCCGGGGACUCGUUCGGCCGGUACUCGCCCUGUGCACGGCAGCCCGCGGCCGGCGCCGGGAGCCAGGGCGCCGAGUGCGGCGUCGGCCCCAGGAGCAUGCAGGACCUUCUGAUGGAGGGAGACAGCAGCUACGACGUAGACACGCUCAAUCCCAGCCUGACGGACCUGCAGCUGCAAGGUCACUUGUGGGAGGAGAUCAGGGAGGACACGCUGGUGUCGGACCCGCUGGCGUCGGACCCGCUGGUGUCGGACCCGCUGGCGUCGGACCCGCUGGCGUCGGACCCGCUGGCGUCGGACCCCCACGUUCCCACCGCGUCGCCGGCCUCCGCCUGUCUGCACGUCAGGCCUCCUGACGGUCGCGCGGCGGACGGCUCCUCGGCCGGAGCGUGCAAGGCGGGCUACGAGGACGCGGGCGGCGGGCAGCACGGCUGUCUGGCCGGGCUGCAUCCCGCGGUUUACUCAGGGGUGGAGGGUCUGGCCACGUAUCUGACCUCCUGCACCACGUCCAUCUCCUUGAUGUGAAGGCGUCACCCUCCCUGAGUACUGAGCUACUUUUUUUUACAAGAAUGUGGAAGAUUGUGAAGACUGAACACAGGUAGAGAUACGUUUAUCUUCCCCUGCAUAGAUAAUAAUAUGCAUUAUCUGCAUGCGUUUUGUUGCCUCAACUAAUACAGUGAAUUUGCAUUUUAUUAGACAAUGUUAUAAAAUGUAUGUUUACUGACACCUAGUGGGGCCAAAACGUAAUUGCAGCGUUUAACACCUGCGUAAUUGUGUCACACACAUGAUAAUGUUGUUGGUAUUAAAGCAAACCUGUGAAAGCACAUACUGUAUAUUUCACAGUCCUCAGCUUCUCAGUGGACGCGCUCGUGUCAAACCGACAGACUGUUUUCUGCAAGACUGUAACUGCGACUGUGAGACUGUUGUCACACAAGAUGGCAGCAAAGACUUGAUCAUGGAAAUAGUUUCACUUUUCUUGUAUUUUAUGCUUUUACCUUGUGCCGCCUGACAAAUCAUCCAAUACGCAAACAGCCAAGAGUUUUCGGAUGUUAUCUAUAUAUAAAUAUUUUCAUAAAGUAAUUAAUAAAUGUUUUUUUAAGUAAUAGCAGUCCCCAUACUUUCAGAAAGCUCUUUGCUGUUGCCUGUUGGGCCUUUACUGCACAGAGUGAUUUACUGAACAAUAAAGGACAAUAUUUACAUCUCAUGGAACAAACAAAGACAGCAUAAUGU